AGUUCAGCGUCACAACACAUACAGCACAACUCUGCAUGGCACCAUCCUGCGAACACAGAAGACUAAACCUGUGGAUAAUACCAGACUGAGGAUACAGUACAGGUGCUUUUAGACCCCAGACAGUAUCAUUAAGGGGACUGUGUGCGCAAAGACUGCUUAGUUAAUAAAAGAUGUGGAUCUACGCGAGUAUUUUAACAUCCAUGCUUCUUUUGGCUAAGGAUUCAAAAGCUUUGAACAAGAUUUUCGGUGACAUUGAGCCGGUCAGAAUGACAUCUGAAGGUUCGGACUGCCGCUGCAAGUGUGUGAUGCGGCCGCUGAGCAUUGAAGCGUGCAGCAGACUCCGUGACGGAAGCUUGCGCGUGGAUGAUUUUUACACCGUGGAGACGGUGAGCUCAGGCUCGGACUGUAAAUGCUCCUGCACGGCUCCUCCCUCCUCACUAAACCCAUGUGAGAACGAAUGGAGAACGGAAAAGCUGAGGAAACAAGCUCCAGAACUUCUCAAGCUUCAUUCAAUGGUGGACCUUUUGGAAGGAACGUUGUACAGUAUGGAUCUAAUGAAGGUCCACGCAUACAUGAACAAAGUGGUGACUCAAAUGAACACUUUAGAAGAGACCAUUAAGACGAACCUUACACGGGAAAAUGAUUUUGUGAGGGACAGCGUUUUAAAUCUGUCCAAUCAGCUCAAGCGAUACGAGAACUAUUCCGACAUCAUGGUUAGCAUAAAAAAGGAGAUCUCCAACCUGGGUCUACAGCUACUGCAAAAAGAUGCAGCGGCUGACAGUAAAGCACAGGGCACAGAGAGUAAAAAGUCCAAAGAUGCCCUAAAACUGCCAAACAAAAAAGCUCCAGCUGUCAAACCUCCACCCAAGACGCCUAAAGACAAACCUGUCAAGCCCAAGAAAGAGACCCCUGCCAAACCAUCCAAACCUGCAAAACCAGACCCCACCACCAAAACCAAGACCCUGGUCCACCAGAGUGGUGUCAUAAGGGGGAUUACAUACUACAAAGCAUCUAAGACGGAGGAUUCGGAGGGAUAUGCAGCAGGGAGAGCAGAGAGAGAAAACCCAGCCAAAGCCCAUGCUGUCCACCAAGCCGAGGACAAGAGGAGUCCAGAGCUAGACUUGGAAUCCUCUGAAAUAAUUUCGACUGUACCUCCAACAACCACCACCACUACGCUCGUUGCCAUGACAACAACAAGCACCACGCUAGGAACCACCAGCGAUGAAGCCCUCAUCACGAACUUGACCCUGUCCACAACACCACCAGAGAAAUCGGACAUUGAGGCUGUUGGACUGAACUCCAAAGACAAAAAAACGAGUGGAGGAAAAAUCCACUUACACAAAGCAGUUAAAUCUCCAGAUUGUGAGGGCACCAUUGCAUCUGUGGAGAUGCCAGAGAAGCAUCACAGCUAUGGACGGAACGAGGGAGCCUGGAUGAAAGAUCCAGUGGCAAAGGACAACAAGAUUUACGUGACUAACUACUACUACGGCAAUAAUCUCGUAGAGUUUCGCAACCUGGAGAACUUUAAACAAGGUCGCUGGAGUAACCUCUACAAACUUCCCUACAACUGGAUAGGAACUGGCCAUGUGGUCUACAAUGGUUCCUUAUAUUACAACAGAGCCUUCACCAAGAACAUCAUCAAAUACAAUCUGCGAAUGCGCUACGUUGCGGCUUGGACUCUGCUUCACGACGCUGUCUACGAGGACACCACACCCUGGAAGUGGAGGGGCCAUUCGGAUAUCGAUUUUGCAGUGGACGAGAGUGGUCUCUGGGUGAUCUACCCAUCAAUGGAUUACGACUAUUCGCAAAACGAGGUCAUCGUCAUCAGUAAACUGGACCCAGGCGACCUCUCUAUAAAGAAGGAAACAACAUGGAGGACCGGACUCAAGCGCAAGUCGUACGGGAACUGCUUCAUUGUGUGUGGCGUGUUGUACGCUGUCGACGUCUACAACCAGAGGGAGGGCGAGGUUUCAUACGCCUACGACACACACACGAACACAGAGGCAACUCCGCGUCUGCCGUUUACCAACAAUUACGCCUUCGUAACCCAAGUGGACUACAAUCCCAAGGAAAAAGUGCUGUAUGCCUGGGACAACGGUCAUCAGCUUACGUAUAACAUUCAGUUUGUGGGACAGUGAUGUUUUGCAUCAAUCUAACAGUUUUAUUUACGUUCCAAGUUGGUGCGUCUUCCUGUUCGUUUCUGGUGCACAGGAGAUGUAAAAGCACCUUGCGUUGGGUAUUGGUUUGGUGACUGAGCAGAAGUGGUACUUUACUGUUUUUGAGAUGGGUGCUCUUGAUUUAGGAAUAGAUUUUUCUCUGAACUAAAACCUUUGAGGACUAAAUGUUGUUGAGAAAAUGUGAUGCCUAUUGUUCUAUAUUAGGGCCCCAAACGUUUACCACUUGAAAAUAGGGGUACAGUUAAAUAAACUUUUAAACAAACAAAUGAUAAUAAUCUUAAUAGUUUUACACAAAUUUAUAAAAGAAAGCUUCUUCUGAUUAUAAAGUAAUAUCAUUUAACAACAAUAAAAUAUUCAAGUUUUGAUAUGCUCAAUCCAAAAUGGGGUUUUAGUUAUCUGUUUUGUAAAAUAUUACAUUUGUCCACUGUAAAUAUAUGUUGAAGAAUAUGUUUUGCAAUAUUCACAUUAUUAUGUUUAAGAUAAUAGUCACUCAGCAUGAAUGAUUACUCCUGGAUGAGUUACAUUUCAUCUUUUGUAUGUUACAGUGUAAAAGUUCACAUUUUGUGCAAAAGAGUUAAAAUAAAAUCACUUAAAAAUG